CUGGGAUCGCCCGCUCUUCCCCCAAACCUGCCUCUCCCCGGGGCUUCUCCGGCUGUUUGCCGAGAGAACGUGACCGGUUUGCUAAAAGCAUCUUUCUGAUGUCCUUGACAGCGCCUGCUCCGUCGCGUGGGCUUCCUACAUGACCAACUCCCCGACGCUGAUCGUGAUGAUCGGCCUCCCCGCCCGCGGCAAGACUUACGUGUCCAAGAAGCUCACCCGCUACCUCAACUGGAUCGGGGUGCCCACCAAAGUGUUUAAUUUAGGAGUGUAUCGCCGGGAAGCCGUGAAGUCUUACAAGUCCUAUGACUUCUUCAGGCACGAUAACAAAGAAGCCAUGGAAAUCCGCAAACGAUGUGCCUUAGUGGCUCUGGAAGAUGUGAAGGCUUAUCUCUUGGAGGAAUGCGGGCAAAUAGCUGUGUUUGAUGCGACCAACACAACUCGAGAAAGACGGGACCUGAUCUUAAAUUUUGCUAAAGAAAAUGCUUUCAAGGUGUUUUUUGUGGAGUCUGUCUGUGACGAUCCAGAAGUCAUCGCUGCAAAUAUCCUGGAGGUGAAAGUUUCCAGCCCCGACUACCCGGAGAGAAACAGGGAGAAUGUGAUGGAUGAUUUCCUGAAGAGGAUAGAGUGCUACAAGGUCACUUACCAGCCGCUCGAUCCCGAUGCGUAUGACAAAGAUCUUUCCUUCAUUAAAGUGAUCAAUGUGGGACAGCGGUUCCUAGUAAACAGAGUCCAAGAUUACAUCCAGAGUAAAAUCGUCUAUUACCUAAUGAACAUUCAUGUCCAGCCACGUACCAUCUACCUUUGCCGACACGGUGAGAGUGAAUAUAAUCUUGUUGGCAAGAUUGGUGGGGAUUCUGGUCUGUCACCACGCGGGAAGCAGUUUGCUCAGGCGCUGAAGAAGUUCAUCGAAGAGCAGGAAAUUGUUGAUCUGAAGGUGUGGACGAGCCAGCUGAAAAGGACGAUCCAGACGGCCGAGUCUCUGGGGGUCACGUACGAGCAGUGGAAGAUUCUCAACGAGAUCGAUGCUGGGGUGUGUGAAGAAAUGACCUAUGCAGAAAUCGAAGCCAAGUAUCCAGAUGAGUUUUCGUUGAGGGAUCAAGAGAAAUACCUUUAUCGCUAUCCCGGAGGCGAGUCCUACCAGGACUUGGUCCAGCGCCUGGAGCCGGUAAUUAUGGAGCUAGAACGUCAAGGCAACGUCCUCGUUAUCUCCCACCAGGCAGUUAUGAGGUGUCUGUUGGCUUAUUUUCUGGACAAGAGUGCAGACGAGCUGCCCUACCUGCGCUGCCCCCUCCACACCAUCCUCAAGCUCACGCCCGUUGCCUACGGUUGUAAAGUGGAGACGAUUACCCUGAAUGUGGAAGCAGUGAACACUCACCGUGACAAACCCUCUCUGAACUCAAACAACCUUCCCACCAGCCAAACCCCCGUCAGGAUGAGAAGAAACAGCUUUACGCCGCGAGCCAGCGCGGACACGGUAAAGCGCCCGCGACAUUACAGCCUUGGGAGCAAACCUCUCGACACGCUGGGGCCUUUCCCAGCCCUGGAAACUCGAGAUGGGGCCGACCAGCCGCAGCUGCAAGUCGGUGUCCAGCCUCAAGGGGGAAAUGCUUGCCUUUCCCUCAGCGCGACUGCUCUGCCUUUCUCCAUCUCCGGUAUUUACACGUGUCACAGGACACAAAGGUAUGGGAUCGAUCCUAGAGUUACCUGCCUCUGCCUCCCGAUCUCUGGUUGGUGAUAGCGUUUUUAGUUACUGACUGGCCUGCCAAAGCCGCGGAAGCGCACAAAGCAUCAAGCUCAGGUACUGCUGUAGAGCAUCUCCCACGUCGGGAUGAACAACUUGGGAACGUUCCAACCAGUGGCAAUGCAAAAAGGGCGCGUUCCCCCUGAAGCUGCUCUCUGAAACCCAGUUACCCUGUUGCCCAGUUGCCCUGGGUUUCAGAGGCCUUCACGCUGAAGAUGGAAGGGAAAAGGUGAAAGAACCUGAGCUGGGGGAGCUUUUGAUAAAUGUGAGAAAUCAUUUUUUUUUCCUAUGCUGAGUAAUAUUAAUUUAGAAUCGAAUCAGAGGAGAAAUUAACCAAAAAUCAAAGCCUCGCCCCUUUGGAUUUGCAUUUGCUCUGAGCCAAAAGGAGCUGUGCGUUUAGAAAAUGACUGUACAUGUCAGCUUUGCGAAGUUACGUCUCCUAACGCUGCGCUCUAAGUGUUUCUUCCCCCUACAUUUAAAUAAGAGACUUGUAGGAGGGUUUGCAGAUAAAUGGAGGUAACUUGGUCCAACUUCCUUGAUUCCAGGACAAACCUUCUUCCUUCUUAGUGCUGGUGUUUUGCUUGAGAAAAGUUGCAUGUGAGCAGCUAUUACAGGUUAUCUCUGUCUGAGGACAGUUACUUUUUCAGUGUCGUCGUCAGGAAAGCUGUAUAGAUUUUUAAUUUUUUUUUUUUUAGAUGUAAAUAGAAAAAAUAUGUAGGGUCUGGAUUUCCCGACUGUUGGAUUUUAAGUGUUGAUGCCUACUGUUAAUUGUCAGCAAACUGGCUCCGUUGCUGUGCCGUUUGGGUUUUUUAUUGCAAAACAGUGCUUGGUUAGGUAAGAGGACAACUGGCCCGUAUUGAUUUACACAUCGGUUUGCAGCCGGGCAUGGCACCGCACGACUGGAGCCCUUCGAGCAUUUUCUGUGCUCAGAGACAACGGCGUGAACAGCAGCUGUGGGAAAUCCUGGCUGUCAGAUUUUUAACUUGUGUGACGGCACGUUUGUAGCAUCGUGAUUCGCUUUGUACUGAGCUGCGUGUGUUCCUGCUGUCUGUUGGGCCCUCGGUGAGGCGGUGGAAGGAGUUUUAUCAAAACUAUAUGUAUUUAUUGCGGUCGAUAUGCAAAAUUAUUACUGUAAUGUUUCUUACGUUUGCCCUGGAAGUGUACUGUCCUAUGGAGAAGAUAAAUAAAAGCGAGUAACCCGGAGUAACCAGCCUGCUUUGUUAUUGCCUGCUGUCCUGUGAGAUACUCCAGAAAAACUGAGCUUCCACGGUCUCAGGCUGAGACUGGGAAACCCUCGGUGCGGAGCGUUGUGAGGAGUGAAAUGACGAUGCAAAGUGUGAAGCAGCUCAUUAUUUGCUCGGCUAAAAGUGAAUGAGUAAAUCCUCAGAUGGUUGCUGUCACGUAGAACAACUGUGCGGAGGUGGUUGGAUCCACCUGGCUGCUGCAAAGUGUCUGUCUGUCCGUCCCCCAGCGCUGAGCUGAGCUCUGCUGUUCCCUGCUUUACCAUCUCCUGACUUACCCGUGGCAUGACCUGUACCAUUUAUCUCUUGUUUGUAGAGGAUGGCUGGUUUAACGGUGUAGAGGUUUGUGCUUUCAUCUCGGAUUCGGCUGGGAUUUCCGUGGCUGGGAAGAGCCCUGCGGAUGGGACUCGAGCAUCCCCGGAGCACAGUGAGCCACACGCCGCUUUGGCCAGUACUCUCCUCUGAAAUGUGUUUUUGUUUUGUUUUUUUUUUUUUAGAGUCUGUCUGUGUCUUUUCUUUCUGAAUGCUGAAAUGUCUGUCAGUGAGAUUGGAGAAAAUUUAUGGCGGAGGGGUUUGGGGUUUUUUUUUCAACCGGCUUUUAAUACUUGUGCGCUAACGUAUCGCGGGGCUUUCUGGGGUGGUCAAAUAGUGCCCCACGUCUUUCCUCCUGGUUAGAUAGCAGAAUUAGUGUAGCGUAUGUGAGGACAAAAUGCUCACAUCCAUACUUGCCGAAGCAACUUUUCUUUGGGAGACAAGUUAACAAGCCAAAUCCCCAAUUUUAUUUUAUUUUUUUUUUUUAACUGUUACCCUUUCCAAGUUCAAACGUAGUUACUGUGUUUGUUUAACCAUCAAAAGAACUCCAGGUACCAUCUGGCUUUGCUUUCAGGACUGCUGAUUUGAGACCUGAGCCUGUUCCCUUGCUUUGGGAAGGCUUUUUUGCACAAGGUGUAUCACAAGGCACCCAGCAGAUCCUGUGGGACGUCUCCUGUGAGGGACGGAAGGGAAUAAAAGCUCCUCUCACUCUCUGGAAACAGCGUAGCUGUUGAAUCUGAACUCAAAUCCUGCUUUAGCGUUGCACCCUGAUCUAAGCCUCACUCCCUCCCUCCCUCAUUUUUUCCUGGGUUUUGUGGACACUUUUAUCUGUUACAACAGAAAAUCAGAGCGCUGCUUUGCUCAGCGUCUGGGAAUAGCGGGGCCGCGUCUGCUGGCUUUGCAAGCAGCAGACGAUUUUUACCAGUUGUCUUUUUAAUGUGCCAGAUUUUAGGCCCACAACAAGUUUUUAAACUUGCCCAUGAAUAAGCUGUGAAAUGUUACUGAUGUAUAAUGCUGCCUUCGAUAGAGUUUAAGCUGCUUUAGUAUUUAGUGCACAGACGGUGGAACUCCCCUGCGGCGCAGCUCGUGCGACGCCUGCGUGUUACUUAAAUCCCCCUGAAACCCCAGAUUUGCAGUUUUCUCUCCACGUUGACUUGUGUUGCCAAACUCCAUUUUGCCCCACUCCCGCUGUUCUUGCAAUAAGGACAAAAUUCUCAGGUUGGGUGAAGAAAGGAGCGUUUGGGUACGAAGAGGAGGCUGUUCUGGGCUUGCUGUUUCCAGCGACUCCAGGAUUGAUAUGAGCAACUUCUGGGACACAGGUUGCUUAUUUUAAAGAUGUAAAUAAAUGUUGGCCAUACCCGUAGUAGGGAUCUGUCCUUGAGAAACGUUGGCAUCCUGGUCCUGGCUGCAGAGGAGCUCAGCACCCCCAAAGCCUGAGGUAAUACCUGCGGAUUUUUGAGCUCAAACCUGGUUGUUUUAAACACUCCAAGUACUUAAAUUUGUUAAAGCUGGGAUAGAGAGGGCCAUGGCGAAGGGCCAGGCGUUAAUCCUUAGGAUUUCUGAGGAGCAGCAGUGUGUGUUGAUCUAAAGCCAUUGCGCCACAGAGGGAUGAAAUUCAGUGGGUGAGAAACUGAGUUUUAUUAGUUUUGUUCUUUGGGCUGUUCCCACUGGGAACAGCCUUCUGCAAGAGCUGCGCUGCCUGUUCUUCGGUUUUAAGUGCUGAGAAAUAAGCCAGAAAAAAAAAAAAGAAAAGUGUGGAAGAAAGACAUUUAUAGCCUGUUGUAUGGUAAUACUUGCUGUCACUCUCCAGUAAUGCUCUAAACGCACAAACCCGCGAUGCGUUGGGCUGGCUUCUCCUACUGAGAAACCUCCUGCUCUGACGGGGGUAAAAAAGGAGUAGAAAAUGUACUGUAGGAUGUUUACGCACAAUAUGCUGUAAUACCUUGCUCAAGAGUUAAUUAUGUUUGUAUCGCCGAGUAGUUAAUGGUUGUAAGGAGACAAAAAUACAUGUUUUUCACCUGCCAGGAUUCAUGAAUGUAGCUGCUAAUACGUUGGCAGUCGUAACUUUUUUUUUUAAUCACUGCUAAAAAUCAGGGCUGCGGUUUUGGGUCACUGACUGUGGGUCCCUUAUUCCUGUCGAGUGGGUCCUUUGGCCACGGGCCGUUGGGUCGUGGACUGGAGCCUCUCGGCUGUGUCUGCACACAGCAGCAUUUGUGCCUCGGUGCUUUAGUUAAAGCCUAACUAUAGCCUUUUUCUCCUGCAUUUUAACUCUCAAAAGGUGUAAAUACGUGUCUAGAGCAGAGCAGCAGCAGAUCUGUGAUCCUCCUCGCUGCUGUGCGGGUGGAUCGUACCUGACACGCCGGGUCCCGGGGUCCUGCAGAGCUCCAAACGCUCGAGGGCGGCCGGACUGGGAUGAUGCCAGUGACCCCACGUGUCUCCCCAGCCCCAAACAGGCUGGUGGGUCCCUGUGCCAGGUAUUUCCCUGAAACCACCUGAUUUCUUUGGCACCGUGCAUGCAAAUACCCUAGAAUAAACAACGAUUACACAAUGAACCUGAACUGAGGAUUAGCAGCCGCUUGUGCCGGAGCUGGUGCCUUGGGCUGGGCAGGCAGAGGUGGUGAAUUUGGAGGUGUGGAAGCAGCCUUGGUGCUUUCGGGAGCACUGCGCCGUGACCGAGGGGGGUUCUGUAUUUCCCUGACCCUCUCCAUUUCUGUCAGCAGAGGUGGUGGUGGCUGCGGUCCCCUCCAGUGAGCAGUGGCAGGGCCACCCAUGGGACCUGCGGCGCUGUCCGCAAGCCGCGGCCCCGCGUUGUCAUUCUAGAGAAAACUGAUCGCUCAGGCAACACCCGUUUCACCUCUGCUGCCAGCGAUGGGGGAAAUUAAAAAGUGAGGAAAAAGGCUUAAAUCCAGGCCGGGUAGCUUGAGUUUGUGUACACUGUGACGUUGGAGCUGCCACCUCUGCAAGGUGGCCCCUUCCCGGCAGCUCAGCGGUGGGUGACGGGGAAGCCCGGCUGCUGCGGGGCCGAGGAGCAGCUUUGGGAGGAGAAAUCUCACUGCCAGAGCUUCCAGGAGCCUCCUGCCCAAACCCUCACCCCGUGCUCCUCCGCAGGGCGCUGGGCGAGUGCUGCCAGGGCUUGGCACCUCCUCUCCCGCUGCUCCUCUUGUCUCUGAGCGCUGGUUGCAAAGUGCGUCUCUAUUUGGUGUUUUCCGACAUAGAUAAUACACGUCUGCUUGUUUUGCUACAAUUCUGCUUUCUAAUGGGUUUUUUUAGGUUAAAAAAAAA